CAAACCAAUCAGAAUCGAAAAGGAAGUGCGGCCCUUAAGUGACAUGUUUUCAUCUUAUUUUAAAACUGCUUAGUUUCUGCAUAUUGAAAUGGAGCAUGGGAGGACGAUAGAAAGGGAUAGUAUGUCGGUCCUGAAAAGAAGAAAAGAACGACGUGGAUUCACCAAUGAUGAAACUGUCAAAAAGAACAAAACUGACAGUUUGGAGUCCUGUUUCGAUUCACCCCAGGGUACUGUGCAUGAAGUGGUGAAUUAUGAGCCGCCAUCUUUAUCAGGUGCGCACUAUGACCCAGACACCACAGAACCAAUCAGCUCUGCCCUGAACUCGCUUGAGGACCUGCGAUCAUGGCAGCGGAGUCAGGCCAGCCCCUUCAACGUCGCAGCGGAGCCUUUGGCAGCCCGGCUUCCUCCACUGGCACGCAGGCGGAGCAGGACGCUGGUCUGUCAUGACAUGAUGGGGGGCUAUCUGGAGGACAGGUUCAUUCAGGGGGCGGAGGUGGAGACACCGUACGCCUUCUAUCACUGGCACCACAUAGACAUCUUCAACUACUUCAGCCAUAUUAUGGUGACGAUUCCUCCUGCUGUUUGGACCAAUGCGGCACACAAACAUGGCGUCCUUGUCCUAGGCACCUUCAUCACGGAGUGGAAGGACGGCAAGAUUGUGUGCGAGGACUUCCUGAAGGACGAGGAGUCAUACCGCAUGGUGGCGGACAAGCUGGUCCAGAUCUCUUACUGCUAUGGCUUCGACGGCUGGCUCGUCAACAUCGAGAACGACCUGAGUGAGAAGGCCGUGAAGAACAUGCCCCUCUUCCUGCGCUAUCUGACAGACCAGACACACGAGCGCAUCCCGUCCGGCCAGGUUGUCUGGUACGACAGCGUGCUGGAGGGCGGCGAGCUCAAGUGGCAGAACGAGCUCAAUGAGAGAAACAGAGUGUUCUUCCAGGCCUGCGAUGGUUUUUUCACUAACUAUAACUGGACAGCGCAGAGUCUGGAGUGGAUGCAGACCUACCCUGUGGCCAAGGAGCGCUUGGCUGACAUUUACGUGGGUGUGGAUGUGUUUGCACGUGGGGAGGUGGUGGGCGGCAAGUUCGAGACCAACAAGGCUAUGGAGCUGAUCCGCCAACAUGGGCUGUCGGCGGCCAUCUUUGCUCCAGGCUGGGUGUAUGAGUGUCAUGAGAAAACGGAAUUCCGCGCCAACCAGGACAGGUUCUGGGGUCUGCUCGCUGACUUCCUGCAUGCCCAUCACCUGUCCUGCUCCCUCCCUUUCGUCUCGUCCUUCUGCCAAGGAUUUGGGCAAAGUUUCUUCUGGAAGGGGAAGCGUGAGAAGUUGCAGAGAUGGCUCAACCUGAGUGCCCAGGAGGUGCAGCCACUCUACCUGCCUGAGCCCGUAGGGGGUGGCUCGCUGAAAAUCCGCGGUUGCCCUCAAGAUGCCUGGAGCGGGGCCUCCUCCUUAGUGCUGGAGGGGACGAUCCCACCCGAGCUCACUGAGCUGCGUGCAAAAAUCCUCUCCCUCCACGUACGCCUGGCUCCCACAACCUUUGUGUCCCUCAUCUGCAAACCCUCGGACGGCAUCGCCGUCUCCCUGGAGAUGGGGGCCGCAGAUGCCGAGCCUCGUCCUGCGGACGGCACGGAGCCGGGCCCAUGCCCCAGCGUGCAGCUGGAAGCCCUCGCUGAGGAUCACCGGCUCUGGAAGCAGUUCACCCAGGGCAGCUCUGAGUGGAUGUCAGGCUGGAGUAUCAGGUGUUAUCUCCUGAAGCCCAAUGACUACGCUCUGUUGGAUAUUGGUGUCAGCAUUUCCCGUACCACCCAGGACCAGGACGUUCCGUUCCAUUGCAGAAUCGGGGAAAUUGCGGUUCUGGACGCUGAGAGCAUGUGGAGACCUCUCCCGCCACUAGGGGGAGUGCGUCUGGAGCGCCCCGUGUGGCAGCGUGCCUCCCAGGGGCCAGAUGGCGCAGGCGAAGUGUGCCUCAGCAUCACGCUACGCUGGAACUAUCCGGCCCGCGUGGCCCGACACUUCCGGGUCCACUGGCGCCAACUGGACGUUCCAGCCCGCUCUCCGAUCCUGAUUGGCCGGUCGUAUACCACCUUGUACCGUGUGUGUGGCCUGACUGUGCCUGAUCCACCUGGCAGGGUGGAGCUGCUUGUGGAGCCUGUGGGAGUGGGACCAACCACACCGGAGUCACACUGGGGCCGAUGUGUACUGAGUUACACAGAGAAGGAAGUGCAGUAGCGUUUGACACAUACCUACUUCCUGUCUGUACAGGAAGUGAUGAGCGAUGAUGCAGGAUUUGGGGCAAAAUGAAGAUAAGGACAUUAAUACACAUCCUUUUGUGGUUGUCACAAAUAAUGUGCUGGGGGUAUAUAAUUUUCUAUUGUGCUGUGCUAAAGUCUUACUCAAAGAAAAUGAUGUUUAAAUGAUCUUCAUGAAAGUGAAAAUUUGAUGUGUCAGAGAGUGUCGGCAUAGUCAUUUCAAAAGCUCUCCUAAACUCACCCCACUAUUUGCAAUAACCAUCCAACAAACGCAUGUAUUUUGCUGACUUGACUGCUAGUAUUCUGUGUUUGGCUAAUUAACUGAUCAAGUUAAAUAAUCAGGUGAUUUGUUGGUGAAAUCUAACAAAUGCAUAGAACGGCUUCAGUAUCACCAAGGAGAGCUUUGGGAACCAUUCCUGUUAAUUCUAAUAUUCUAAUGUUAAAUUCUGUUUUUUUUUCUGGGCAAAUAUACACUUAUUCACUACCCAGGUAAACAGCUUUAGAGAUUUUCUUUUCUCACUGUACUGUAUUUACGAGCUAUACAUGAAGCAUGAGAUACCAUUAUUUUACUUUUUUGAUGUUAACAUCUUUUAAACAGCUGUAAGACCAUAAAUAAACCAAAGUCGACACAG